UCUAGCCGUCGUCUUCCUCCUGGAAAAAAAGAGAGAGAGGCCCAAACGUCUAUUAUCCACUUCCCCGGCGGCGGGAAGAGGGUCUUGGACAAGCAGCGGCGGGAGCGGAGACGGUCGGAGGUUGCUCGCCGCCGGCGCAAUGGGAAUCAAGGGUUUGACGAAGCUGCUGGCGGAGCACGCGCCGAGGGCCGCGGUGCAGCGGCGCGUGGAGGACUACCGGGGCCGCGUCAUCGCCAUCGACGCCAGCCUCAGCAUCUACCAGUUCCUGGUUGUGGUGGGAAGGAAAGGAACAGAAGUUCUGACCAAUGAAGCCGGUGAAGUCACAAGUCAUCUGCAAGGCAUGUUGAACCGGACUGUAAGAUUGCUUGAAGCAGGAAUAAAACCUGUUUUUGUGUUUGAUGGUGAGCCACCUGCCCUGAAGAAAAAGGAACUGGCCAAAAGGUCUUUGAAGAGGGAUGAUGCUUCGAAAGAUCUUCAUAGUGCUAUUGAGAUUGGAGAUGAAGAUUCAGUUGAAAAAUUUAGCAAAAGGACCGUGAAGAUCACAAAAGAACACAACGAUGGCUGUAAGAGGUUGUUAAGAUUGAUGGGUGUCCCUAUAGUUGAGGCACCAGGUGAGGCAGAAGCACAGUGCGCAUCACUUUGUAAGAACCAUAAGGCAUAUGCUGUCGCUUCAGAGGAUAUGGACACACUGACUUUCGGUGCUCCAAGGUUUCUUCGCCAUGUAACUGACCUUAGUUUUAAGAAAUCUCCUGUCACAGAGUUUGAAGUGCCAAAGGUUUUGGAGGAACUUGGACUCACAAUGGAUCAGUUCAUCGACUUAUGUAUCCUUAGUGGAUGUGACUACUGCGAGAAUAUUAAAGGUAUUGGGGGACAAAGAGCCUUGAAACUCAUACGUCAGCAUGGUUGCAUAGAAGAAGUUGUGCAAAAUCUUCACAAGAGGUACACUGUUCCAGAAGAUUGGCCUUACCAGGAAGUUCGAACCUUGUUUAAGCAACCAAAUGUUUGUACAGAAAUUCCAGAUUUCCAGUGGACCUCAGCAGACAAAGAGGGCCUUGUGAAUUUCCUGGCAUUCGAAAACAGUUUCAGUUCUGAUCGAGUGGAAAAGGCAGUAGAAAAGAUAAAGGCUGCUAGCGAUAAAUAUUCCCCAGCAGGGCGAGCGAAGCUUUUGACCCCAGUAGCUAACCUAUCAGGAUCUACAGAUAAGGUGUUCAUGAAUGGGGCAAAUACCGCUCAGGGUGAGCAAGCCCAUGAAGAUGGGAUACUAUAAUACAGAGAAAUGUACCAUUAACUGAGGGUGAGAAGUUUCGAUGGGAGAAGCUAAAAUUCUUCUUGCUCGUGUAAUAAGAUGUCCUUUUGAAACCGAAACUGUAAUAAGUGUUGAGCCUCUUUUAUCUAGUGUCCCAAACAAUAAUAGCCAAUUCAGACUCAUCUAUAUCUGCUAAUACACUUUAGAAUUGAACAAUUGAUCCCGCAAAUUUUGUUUUUGUUUGAACAAUUGAAGGCCAACAAUUAAAUGCCACACAAAGUAACAAUAGUGCAGACAAAAUGUAUCUAUCCGUGAAUUGGACUCCGCUCACACGUGCGGUCUUCUUAUCCACGAUCCCAUGUGGUUAACCUGCUGUGCACUGGCCUGGCUUACCCACACAGAUGCAUGUAGCCAACUCCAUGACACGUCGCAGAUUAUUUAUGCAACUUUGAUGGACACAAGUUCUCAGUUGGUAGAUUGUCUCUUCAGAUAUUUGAUUGCUUCAAGUAUUCUUCAUUUCUUCUGGCGUAGAGUAGCCGAGUGUUGGAUUAUUACCUAAUUUUCUUAAUGAUUUUUCUGGGCAUGUUUUG